UAAUGAAGUAGCCAGCUGUGAAAGAAUUCGGACCCCCUAGAUAAAAAUGGCUUUCCACGUGGAAGGACUGAUAGCUAUCAUCGUGUUCUACCUUCUAAUAUUGCUGGUUGGAAUAUGGGCUGCCUGGAGAACCAAAAACAGUGGCAGUGCAGAAGAGCGCAGCGAGGCCAUAAUAGUUGGGGGCCGAGAUAUUGGUCUGCUCGUGGGUGGAUUUACCAUGACAGCCACCUGGGUCGGAGGAGGUUACAUCAACGGGACAGCUGAAGCAGUGUACGUACCAGAUUAUGGUCUCGCUUGGGCUCAGGCACCAAUUGGAUAUUCUCUUAGUCUGAUUUUAGGUGGGCUGUUCUUUGCAAAACCUAUGCGUUCCAAGGGAUAUGUGACCAUGUUAGACCCGUUUCAGCAGAUCUAUGGAAAACGCAUGGGUGGGCUCCUAUUUAUUCCUGCACUAAUGGGAGAAAUGUUCUGGGCUGCAGCCAUUUUCUCUGCCUUAGGAACCACCAUCAGCGUGAUCAUUAAUGCUAACGUACACGCUUCUGUCAUCGUCUCUGCACUCAUCGCCACUCUGUACACCCUGGUAGGAGGUCUCUACUCUGUGGCCUACACGGAUGUUGUUCAGCUCUUUUGCAUUUUUGUAGGACUGUGGAUCAGCGUCCCUUUCGCACUGUCACAUCCUGCCGUCACCGACAUUGGAUUCACUGCUGUGCAUGCCAAGUACCAGGAGCCUUGGCUUGGGACCAUCGAAUCAUUCGAAGUCUACACUUGGCUUGAUAGUUUUCUGUUGUUGAUGUUGGGUGGAAUCCCAUGGCAAGCCUACUUCCAGAGGGUUCUCUCUUCAUCUUCAGCCACCUAUGCUCAAGUGUUGUCCUUUCUGGCAGCUUUUGGGUGCCUGGUGAUGGCUCUACCAGCCAUACUCAUUGGGGCCAUUGGAGCAUCCACAGACUGGAACCAGACUGCAUAUGGGAUUCCAGAUCCCAAGAGUAACGAAGAAGCAGACAUGAUCUUACCAAUUGUUCUACAGUAUCUCUGCCCUGUGUACAUCUCUUACUUUGGUCUUGGUGCAGUUUCUGCUGCUGUUAUGUCAUCAGCAGAUUCUUCUAUCUUGUCAGCAAGUUCAAUGUUUGCUCGGAACAUCUACCAGCUUUCAUUCAGACAAAAUGCAUCAGACAAGGAAAUCGUUUGGGUCAUGCGAAUCACAGUGUUUGUGUUUGGAGCUUCUGCAACAGCUAUGGCCUUGCUAACGAAGACUGUGUACGGGCUCUGGUACCUCAGCUCAGACCUCGUUUACAUCAUCAUCUUCCCACAGCUGCUCUGUGUACUCUUCAUUAAGGGAACCAACACGUAUGGGGCUGUGGCAGGCUAUAUUUCUGGCCUUUUUCUGAGAAUAACUGGUGGGGAACCAUACCUGUACCUGCAGCCCUUGAUCUUUUACCCUGGUUAUUAUUCUGAUAAGAAUGGUAUCUAUAAUCAGAGAUUCCCAUUCAAGACCCUUGCCAUGGUUACUGCAUUCUUAACCAACAUUUGCAUCUCGUAUCUAGCCAAAUACUUAUUUGAAAGUGGAACCUUGCCACCAAAAUUAGAUGUAUUUGAUGCUGUUGUUGCAAGGCACAGUGAAGAAAACAUGGACAAGACAAUUCUGGUCAAAAAUGAAAAUAUUAAACUAGAUGAACUUGCACCUGUGAAGCCUCGACAGAGCGUAACUCUCAGCUCAACUUUCACCAAUAAAGAGGCCUUCCUUGACAUCGAUUCCAGUCCAGAAGGGUCUGGGACUGAAGAUAAUUUAUAAUGACCACAUCUAAAUAAAAUACUGCUUUCUCAGACAGACAGCAGGCUAGUCCUGGAAGGAUGGUUUGCAGCAUAUAAAAAAUAAGUUUCAAAAAUAAACAACAUUCAGGAGGACAAAAAUGUAUAUAAAAGUAAAAUUGCACAAAUACAAGCCAAGCUAAA